GCUCGCUGGGUACUUUAGUUACCUCAAACGGAAAUGGGGUUUUCAGCCCCUCUUUUCCUGCCUACCUCAUGGGACUGUUGCCAAAGAGGAAGGAACCGGAAGGAAAGGUCUUGGGACAGGACAGGGGCGAAGCAGCCGUGCAUUCGUUAUGAUGUGAGGGGUGCCGGGGGCUGGAGACUGAGGUCGGGGAGAGCACGGGCCCUGGGUCCUUAGUGCCAGCGGGCGGCCGGAACCAGAGUGCGGGGGUCUAGGGAUUCGGGGACGCAGACGCACCAGGCCCACACAUCCCGCUCAGAAGACUGCGGAAAGUCGCCCGCACAGGACAGGGACACGCCCCGGACACGCCCUGCCCCGCACUUCUGGGGCGCGACCCGGAAGCGGAAGGGAACCCGUUUCUUUUCCUUCCCCAGUGCGUCUUUCCUGCGUCGUUCCGGCGCGGCGGGAGCGGAGAUCUGCGACCGUUUGCAGCUUGCGGUAGGGAGGCGUGGAGGUCUGAAGCCUCCGAGCAGCCGCGGCCAUGGCGGAUGUAACCGCGCGUAGUCUGCAAUACGAGUACAAGGCGAACUCGAAUCUUGUGCUCCAAGCUGACCGUUCUCUCAUUGACCGGACCCGCCGGGAUGAACCCACAGGAGAGGUGCUGUCCCUUGUUGGGAAGCUGGAGGGCACCCGUAUGGGAGACAAGGCUCAACGGACCAAACCGCAGAUGCAGGAGGAAAGAAGAGCCAAGCGAAGAAAGCGUGAUGAGGACCGGCAUGACAUCAACAAGAUGAAGGGUUACACUCUGCUGUCGGAGGGCAUUGAUGAGAUGGUGGGCAUCAUCUACAAGCCCAAAACUAAAGAGACCCGGGAGACCUAUGAGGUGCUACUCAGCUUCAUCCAGGCUGCUCUUGGGGACCAGCCACGUGAUAUCCUUUGUGGGGCAGCUGAUGAAGUUCUAGCUGUUCUAAAGAAUGAAAAGCUGCGGGACAAGGAAAGGCGAAAGGAGAUUGACCUGCUGCUGGGUCAAACAGAUGAUACCAGAUACCAUGUGCUAGUGAACCUGGGCAAAAAGAUCACAGACUAUGGUGGAGAUAAGGAAAUCCAAAAUAUGGAUGACAACAUUGAUGAGACAUAUGGUGUGAAUGUGCAGUUUGAGUCUGAUGAGGAGGAAGGUGAUGAAGAUGUGUACGGGGAGGUUCGAGAAGAGGCAUCUGAUGAUGACAUGGAAGGGGACGAGGCUGUUGUGCGCUGCACCCUCUCGGCUAAUCUCGUAGCCUCAGGUGAACUGAUGAGUUCCAAGAAGAAGGAUUUGCACCCUCGGGAUAUUGAUGCAUUUUGGCUACAGCGGCAGCUCAGUCGUUUCUAUGAUGAUGCCAUUGUGUCGCAGAAGAAGGCAGAUGAAGUAUUGGAGAUUUUGAAGACGGCCAGUGACGAUCGGGAAUGUGAGAAUCAGCUGGUUCUGCUGCUUGGUUUCAACACCUUUGAUUUCAUUAAAGUGCUGCGGCAGCACAGGAUGAUGAUUUUAUACUGUACCUUGCUGGCCAGUGCACAAAGUGAAGCUGAAAAGGAAAGGAUUAUGGGAAAGAUGGAAGCUGACCCAGAGCUAUCCAAGUUCCUCUACCAGCUUCAUGAAACCGAGAAGGAGGAUCUGAUCCGAGAGGAAAGGUCCCGGAGAGAGCGAGUGCGUCAGUCUCGAAUGGACACAGAUCUGGAAACCAUGGAUCUUGACCAGGGUGGAGAGGCACUGGCUCCACGGCAGGUUCUGGACUUGGAGGACCUGGUUUUUACCCAAGGGAGCCACUUUAUGGCCAAUAAACGCUGUCAGCUUCCUGAUGGAUCCUUCCGUCGCCAGCGUAAGGGCUAUGAAGAGGUGCAUGUGCCUGCUCUGAAGCCCAAGCCCUUUGGCUCAGAAGAGCAACUGCUUCCAGUGGAAAAGCUGCCAAAGUAUGCCCAGGCUGGGUUUGAGGGCUUCAAAACACUGAAUCGGAUCCAGAGUAAGCUCUACCGUGCUGCCCUUGAGACGGAUGAGAAUCUGCUGCUGUGUGCUCCUACUGGUGCCGGGAAGACCAACGUGGCCCUGAUGUGCAUGCUCCGAGAGAUCGGGAAACACAUAAACAUGGAUGGCACCAUCAAUGUGGAUGACUUCAAGAUAAUCUACAUUGCCCCCAUGCGCUCCUUGGUGCAGGAGAUGGUGGGCAGCUUUGGAAAGCGCCUGGCCACUUAUGGCAUCACUGUUGCUGAACUGACUGGGGACCACCAGCUGUGCAAAGAAGAGAUCAGUGCCACUCAGAUCAUCGUCUGCACCCCCGAGAAGUGGGACAUCAUCACCCGCAAGGGUGGCGAGCGCACCUACACCCAGCUGGUGCGGCUCAUCAUUCUGGAUGAGAUUCAUCUUCUCCACGAUGACAGAGGUCCUGUCUUAGAAGCUUUGGUGGCCAGGGCCAUCCGAAACAUUGAGAUGACCCAAGAGGAUGUCCGACUCAUUGGUCUCAGUGCCACCCUACCCAACUAUGAAGAUGUAGCCACCUUUCUACGUGUUGACCCUGCCAAGGGUCUUUUUUACUUUGACAACAGCUUCCGUCCAGUGCCUCUGGAACAGACAUAUGUGGGUAUCACAGAGAAAAAAGCUAUCAAGCGUUUCCAGAUCAUGAAUGAAAUCGUCUAUGAAAAAAUCAUGGAACAUGCUGGAAAAAAUCAGGUGCUGGUGUUUGUCCACUCCCGGAAGGAGACUGGAAAGACAGCCAGGGCCAUCCGGGACAUGUGCCUAGAAAAGGAUACUCUGGGUCUGUUUCUGAGGGAGGGCUCAGCCUCCACGGAAGUCCUGCGAACAGAAGCUGAGCAGUGCAAGAACCUAGAGCUGAAGGAUCUUCUGCCUUAUGGCUUUGCUAUUCAUCAUGCAGGCAUGACCAGGGUUGACCGAACACUCGUGGAGGAUCUUUUUGCUGAUAAACAUAUUCAGGUUUUAGUUUCCACAGCAACUCUAGCUUGGGGUGUGAAUCUCCCUGCACAUACAGUCAUCAUCAAAGGCACCCAGGUGUACAGUCCAGAGAAGGGGCGUUGGACAGAACUGGGAGCACUGGACAUUCUGCAGAUGCUGGGACGUGCCGGAAGACCCCAGUAUGACACCAAGGGCGAAGGCAUACUCAUCACAUCUCAUGGGGAGCUACAAUACUACCUGUCCCUCCUCAAUCAACAACUUCCUAUUGAAAGCCAGAUGGUUUCAAAGCUUCCUGACAUGCUCAACGCAGAAAUCGUGCUAGGAAAUGUCCAGAAUGCCAAGGAUGCGGUAAACUGGCUGGGCUAUGCCUACCUGUAUAUCCGAAUGCUGCGCUCCCCAACCCUCUAUGGCAUCUCUCAUGAUGACCUCAAGGGAGAUCCCCUGCUGGACCAGCGCCGACUAGAUCUGGUUCACACAGCUGCCCUGAUGCUGGACAAGAACAAUCUGGUCAAGUAUGACAAGAAGACGGGCAACUUCCAGGUGACAGAACUGGGCCGUAUAGCCAGCCACUACUACAUCACCAAUGAUACAGUGCAGACUUACAACCAGCUGCUGAAGCCCACCCUGAGUGAGAUUGAGCUUUUCAGGGUCUUCUCGUUGUCCUCUGAGUUCAAGAACAUCACAGUGAGAGAGGAGGAGAAGCUAGAGCUGCAGAAGUUGCUGGAGAGGGUGCCCAUCCCUGUAAAGGAGAGCAUUGAGGAACCCAGUGCCAAGAUCAACGUUCUUCUGCAAGCCUUCAUCUCACAGCUGAAAUUGGAGGGCUUUGCACUGAUGGCUGACAUGGUGUAUGUCACACAGUCGGCUGGCCGGUUGAUGCGAGCGAUAUUUGAAAUUGUCCUGAACCGAGGUUGGGCACAGCUUACAGACAAGACCCUGAACCUCUGCAAGAUGAUCGACAAACGCAUGUGGCAGUCCAUGUGUCCUCUGCGCCAGUUCCGGAAACUCCCUGAGGAAGUAGUGAAGAAGAUUGAAAAGAAGAAUUUCCCCUUUGAGCGUCUGUACGACCUGAAUCAUAAUGAGAUUGGGGAGCUUAUCCGCAUGCCAAAGAUGGGGAAGACCAUCCACAAAUAUGUCCAUCUGUUUCCCAAGUUGGAGUUGUCAGUGCACCUGCAGCCUAUCACACGCUCCACCCUGAAGGUGGAGCUGACCAUCACGCCGGACUUCCAGUGGGAUGAAAAGGUGCAUGGUUCAUCCGAGGCUUUCUGGAUUCUGGUGGAGGACGUGGACAGCGAGGUGAUUCUGCACCAUGAGUAUUUUCUCCUCAAGGCCAAGUACGCCCAGGACGAGCACCUCAUUACGUUCUUCGUGCCUGUCUUUGAACCGCUGCCCCCUCAGUACUUCAUCCGAGUGGUGUCUGACCGCUGGCUCUCUUGUGAGACCCAGCUGCCUGUCUCCUUCCGGCACCUGAUCUUGCCGGAGAAGUACCCACCUCCAACCGAACUUUUGGACCUGCAGCCCUUGCCCGUGUCUGCUCUGAGAAACAGUGCCUUUGAGAGUCUUUACCAAGAUAAAUUUCCUUUCUUCAAUCCCAUCCAGACCCAGGUGUUUAACACUGUGUACAACAGUGACGACAACGUGUUUGUGGGGGCCCCCACGGGCAGCGGGAAGACCAUUUGUGCAGAGUUUGCCAUCCUGCGGAUGCUGCUACAGAGCUCGGAGGGGCGCUGUGUGUACAUCACCCCCAUGGAGGCCCUGGCAGAGCAGGUAUACAUGGACUGGUAUGAGAAGUUCCAGGACAGGCUCAACAAGAAGGUGGUACUCCUGACAGGCGAGACCAGCACAGACCUGAAGCUGCUGGGCAAAGGGAACAUUAUCAUCAGCACCCCUGAGAAGUGGGACAUACUUUCCCGGCGAUGGAAGCAGCGCAAGAACGUGCAGAACAUCAACCUCUUCGUGGUGGAUGAGGUCCACCUUAUCGGGGGCGAGAAUGGGCCUGUCUUAGAAGUCAUCUGCUCCCGAAUGCGAUACAUCUCCUCCCAGAUUGAGCGGCCCAUUCGCAUUGUGGCACUCAGCUCUUCGCUCUCCAAUGCCAAGGAUGUGGCCCACUGGCUGGGCUGCAGUGCCACCUCCACCUUCAACUUCCAUCCCAAUGUGCGUCCCGUCCCCUUGGAGCUGCACAUCCAGGGCUUCAACAUCAGCCAUACACAAACCCGCCUGCUCUCCAUGGCCAAGCCUGUGUACCAUGCUAUCACCAAGCACUCGCCCAAGAAGCCUGUCAUUGUCUUUGUCCCGUCUCGCAAGCAGACCCGCCUCACUGCCAUUGACAUCCUCACCACCUGUGCGGCAGACAUCCAACGGCAGAGGUUCUUGCACUGCACCGAGAAGGAUCUGAUUCCGUACCUGGAGAAGCUAAGUGACAGCACGCUCAAGGAAACACUGCUAAAUGGGGUGGGCUACCUGCAUGAGGGGCUCAGCCCCAUGGAGCGACGGCUGGUGGAGCAGCUGUUCAGCUCAGGGGCUAUCCAGGUGGUGGUGGCUUCUCGGAGUCUCUGCUGGGGCAUGAACGUGGCUGCCCACCUGGUAAUCAUCAUGGACACCCAGUACUACAAUGGCAAGAUCCACGCCUAUGUGGAUUACCCCAUCUACGACGUGCUUCAGAUGGUGGGCCACGCCAACCGCCCUUUGCAGGACGAUGAGGGGCGUUGUGUCAUCAUGUGUCAGGGCUCCAAGAAGGAUUUCUUCAAGAAGUUCUUAUAUGAGCCAUUGCCAGUAGAAUCUCACCUGGACCACUGUAUGCAUGACCACUUCAAUGCUGAGAUCGUCACCAAGACCAUUGAGAACAAGCAGGAUGCUGUGGACUACCUCACCUGGACCUUUCUGUACCGCCGCAUGACACAGAACCCCAAUUACUACAACCUGCAGGGCAUCUCCCAUCGUCACUUGUCGGACCACUUGUCAGAGCUGGUGGAGCAGACCCUGAGUGACCUGGAGCAGUCCAAGUGCAUCAGCAUCGAGGACGAGAUGGACGUGGCGCCUCUGAACCUAGGCAUGAUCGCCGCCUACUAUUACAUCAACUACACCACCAUUGAGCUCUUCAGCAUGUCCCUCAAUGCCAAGACCAAGGUGCGAGGGCUUAUUGAGAUCAUCUCCAAUGCAGCAGAGUAUGAGAACAUUCCCAUCCGGCACCAUGAAGACAACCUCCUGAGGCAGUUGGCUCAGAAGGUCCCCCACAAGCUGAAUAACCCUAAGUUCAAUGAUCCGCACGUCAAGACCAACCUGCUCCUGCAGGCUCACUUGUCCCGCAUGCAGCUGAGUGCUGAGUUGCAGUCAGAUACGGAGGAAAUCCUUAGUAAGGCAAUCCGGCUCAUCCAGGCCUGCGUGGAUGUCCUCUCCAGCAAUGGGUGGCUUAGCCCUGCUCUGGCAGCUAUGGAACUGGCCCAGAUGGUCACCCAAGCCAUGUGGUCCAAGGACUCAUACCUGAAGCAACUGCCACACUUCACCUCUGAGCAUAUCAAACGUUGCACAGACAAGGGAGUAGAGAGUGUUUUCGACAUCAUGGAGAUGGAGGAUGAAGAACGGAACGCAUUGCUUCAGCUGACUGACAGCCAGAUUGCAGAUGUGGCUCGCUUUUGUAACCGCUACCCUAAUAUCGAACUGUCUUAUGAGGUGGUAGAUAAGGACAGCAUCCGCAGUGGUGGGCCAGUUGUGGUGCUGGUGCAGCUGGAGCGAGAGGAGGAAGUCACAGGCCCUGUCAUUGCGCCUCUCUUCCCGCAGAAACGUGAAGAGGGCUGGUGGGUGGUGAUUGGAGACGCCAAGUCCAAUAGCCUCAUCUCUAUCAAGAGGCUGACCUUGCAGCAGAAGGCCAAGGUGAAGUUGGACUUCGUGGCCCCAGCCACUGGUGCCCACAACUACACACUGUACUUCAUGAGUGACGCUUACAUGGGAUGUGACCAGGAGUACAAAUUCAGCGUGGAUGUGAAAGAAGCUGAGACGGACAGUGAUUCGGAUUGAGUCCUGAGGCAUUUACUUUUGGAGACAGAGUUUAGCCAUGUUGCCCAGGCUGAUCUUCAAUUCCUGAGCUCAAGUGAUCUGCCCACCUCAGCCUCCCAAAGUGCUGGGAUUACAGGCAUGAGCCACCAUGCCCAGCCCACGUUAACAUUUUUUAUGAAGAAGAAUAACUUCCAAAACAAUCCAAGGAGAAGGGUGGCAUUUUACAAUCUCUUUAGUAUCUUGUUAUAAUAAGAAACAAUUGAAUUCUUACAGCUGCUUCUACAUCCAAACUGUUUUUUGUUGAAGUAAGCUGACUUCACACAGAUAUGCAGUUGGAAAAGUUUUUAAAAUAGCCUUCUCAGCUAAUUGUGGCUAUUCUUCGAUACCACACCAAGACUACAAGUGAUUUUUUUUUUUUUUUUUUGGAGUCUCGCUCUGUCGCCCAGGCUGGAGUCCAGUUGCACGAUCUCGGCUCACUGCAACCUCCACCUCCCGAGUUCAAGCUAUUCUCCUGCCUCAGCCUCCCGAGUAGCUGGGACUACAAGUGACCUGCCACCACACCCAGCUAAUUUUUGUAAUUUUAGUAGAGACGGGCUUUCACCAUAUUGGCCAGGCUGGUCUUGAACUCCUGACCUUGUGAUCCACCCACCUUGGCCUCCCAAAAUGCUGGGAUUACAGGCAUGAGCCACCACGCCCGGCUUACUACAAGUCGUAGUUUCUUAAAGGCAACGUGGACUCUGAAAACUUAAUGCACUCUUAUAUUGUUAAUACAUUAAAAUCCACUGGCCUGUCUUACACUUUUGAAUGAAUCUUUGAGCCAUGCAUGAUUUUGUAACAUCACGUACUGGUCACUUGGAAAAAUGGUUCACUGAAUUCUUCCAAAGGAAAUGCAUUUCAUUAUGUAAAUCACAUUUGUUAACAUCCCCAACAAUAAAGAUGGUGGAAUACAGAUUUUCAGAAAUUCUAAUUUUUGCUUGAAAGCUUUAUCACUGGCAACACUAUCAGUUGUUUCCCUUGAAGUGAGAGGCUCAUUCAUUUUCCAGAAAAUAACAGCCAAAUAUUCAAGUCUAAAUACCACAAUCUGCUAGUUCUUUUCAACUCUAAAGGGCAUGCCUUGAACACAGCCAAUUCGGCUUGCAACUCAACUGUAUAACUGCUUUUCCUCAAGGCACCCAUACUUCAGUGCACAGCAGAGUGGCUUUAUGCAUGCUUCCAAUUUUCUCAGAAUAUUAUAAGUUCUCAAGGUCAACUUUUUUUUUUUUUUUUUUUUUUGAGACAGGGUUUCACUCUUGUUGCUCAGGCUGGAGUGCAAUGGUGUGAUCUCGGCUCACUGCAACCUCCACCUACCAGAUUCAAGCGAUUCUCUUGCCUCAGCCUCCUGAGUAGCUGGAAUUACAGGCAUGCACCACCAUGCCCAGCUAAUUUUGUAUUUUUAGUAGAGACGUUUCUCCAUGUUGGUCAGGCUGGCCUCGAACUCCCGACCUCAGGUGAUCCGCCCGCCUCAGCCUCCCAAAGUGCUGGGAUUACAGGCGUGAGCCACUGCGCUGGCUAGGUCAACAUUUAAUAGUUAACGAUUGCUAUCUGUUCUAUCAAGGACAUGUCAAAACUACUACAAGUUUGCUGCCACCACCUUGAUUCAUGCCGCAGUGCCAACAGUUGACCUCACAGAUCCUCCCUGAAAGGGUCUUCGGACUCCCAGGAUCUGCAGACUGCAUUCUUCGAGAACCACUACUCUAGGUACCGCCCCACUGUCUUUCUAAAAUCUAAGGUCACAGCUUAAACUUCAGGGAAGGCUGUAGUUUUGGAGGCCACUGUCACAUUAGAACCCAUUUAGAAGUGACUGUCAAGAGACAACUUGAGUGAGCCUGAAACUGCCUGCUGAUGGCAGUGUUUCUCAACUGGUUUUCAUCGCCAGUCCCCUAGGGAGCCUUCUUCCUGAUCACUCCCUGCCCUGAAAAUGGAAUAUCACAGCCACACUAUAUGUGCUGUGGGCCUUAGGAGGGCCACAAACAACUGAUUUUUUUUUUAUCCUUAUUGAAGAACCAAUUUGCAUCCCUGUUGAGAAUAUAGGGCUUGUGGCCAGUAAUAACUCCCCCUUUUAGGGUUCCUAUCUUUCCCCUUUUUCUUCUAUCCCCAGUUGCCAUCACAGCAUAACGGUGCAGGAGUUAUAUGAGGGUUUCUAAGGGAAAGCAGAGGUGCCCCUCACUCAAACCUACAUUCAGAAAAAAAUUUCCUUCAUUAUUGAUUGGAUGUCUUAAAUGCAAAGACUUACACAGAAACGGGGAAGGCAGGACCUAUUUCAGACAAGGAUUCACCAUGGAAUUUUUAUGAAUAUCCUUAUAAAAUAGGACUUGGGAUGCAGAUGGAUUAUUUCUUUAAGUCUUGCAACUUCAGAAAGGCCUGAGACACAUACCGCCUUCCUACUAUAUAUAGUGAUUAUAAGUAGUAUAUUUACCUCCAAAAAAUUUAACACUGUGCCCUAAUGCAAGAAAAAUCUGUGGUAUAACAAUGUACUGCUGUUCCGUAGCUCUUUACUGAAGGCCUCGCGUCAAAGGAGGGGAAGGAGAGCAAUUCUGUGGCUCCGCACUUCUACCCAAGCCUGACGAGAAGGGAGCCAGUUACAUGAGGGUCAAGCCUGACGAGAAGGGAGCCAGUUACAUGAGGGUCAAGCCUGACGAGAAGGGAGCCAGUUACAUGAGGGUCAAGCCUGACGAGAAGGGAGCCAGUUACAUGAGGGUCAAGCCUGAAGAGAAGCGAGCCAGUUACAUGAGGGUCAAGCCUGAAGAGAAGGGAGCCAGUUACAUGAGGGUCAAGCCUGAAGAGAAGGGAGCCAGUUACAUGAGGGUCAAGCCUGAAGAGAAGCGAGCCAGUUACAUGAGGGUCAAGCCUGACGAGAAGGGAGCCAGUUACAUGAGGGUCAAGCCUGAAGAGAAGGGAGCCAGUUACAUGAG